CUCAAUGCACAACAAUGGGGAAAAGAAAUAAUCACAUGUACAAUUGCAACACAUUUGCCAAUUCUGCGCGAUAGAUAUUUGCACAAUGAGAUUCUUGUUCACGGUGCGACGUGAUUGGCCGGGAGAAAAGUUCACGACGCAGAUUUCCAGUGACCGUGAGGGGGACCGGACGAAUAAAUCCCCCAAAUCCCCCGGGAGAGAGACGUGAACAGAGGUUUUCCUAAAGAGUUUGCUUUGUGUGGUGACACAACAAGAAGGAAACAUGGUCAGCCGAUUUGAACACCCAGCUGGCGGCUACAAGAAGAUGUUUGAGACAUGUGAGGAGCUGGCUGAGCCGAUUCCAGCGACAAUCAUAGGUAGGAUUCCUUCCUUCCUGAGGGGAAGCCUUCUCCGUCUAGGACCGGGGCUUUUUGAGGUCGGAGAUGAACCCUUCUAUCACCUCUUCGAUGGCCAGGCCCUCAUUCACAAAUUCGACUUCAAGAACGGCCAGGUCACCUACUUCCGGAAGUUUGUCAAAACCGAUGCCUACGUGAGAGCCAUCACGGAGAAACGCGUGGUGAUCACAGAGUUCGGCACCUUUGCGUACCCCGAUCCCUGCAAAAACAUCUUCUCCAGGUUCUUCUCUUACUUCAAGGGCGUUGAGGUCACAGACAACUGCCUGGUGAACAUUUUCCCCAUCGGUGAGGAUUUCUACGCCGUCACAGAAACCAACUUCAUCACCAAAGUAAACCCGGAUACCUUGGAGACGCUGAAGAAGGUGGACAUUUGUAACUACGUCAACAUCAACGGGAUGACGGCCCACCCUCACAUUGAGAACGAUGGCACGGUGUAUAACAUUGGGAACUGCAUGGGCAAGGGAGCGUCGCUGGCCUACAGCAUCGUCAAGAUUCCACCCACACAGAAAGAUAAGUCUGAUCCCAUUGAGAAGACCAAGGUGGUGGUGCAGAUCCCCAGUGCUGAGAGGUUCAAGCCCUCCUAUGUGCACAGCUUCGGCAUGUCGGAGAACUACUUUGUCUUCGUGGAGACGCCGGUGAAGAUCAACCUGCUGAAAUUCCUGAGUGCCUGGAGCAUCCGAGGCUCCAACUACAUGGACUGCUUUGAGUCCAACGAGAACCAAGGGACCUUGUUUCACAUCGCCGCCAAAGAACCCGCAGAGUACAUCAACCACAAGUUCAAAGGGGCGGCCAUCGGCAUGUUCCAUCACAUCAACACCUACGAGGACGACGGCUUCAUCGUUGUCGACCUCUGCGGAUGGAAAGGUUUCGAGUUUGUUUACAACUACCUCUGGAUGGCCAACAUGAGAGCCAACUGGGAGGAGGUGAAGAAGGCGGCCAUGAUGGCGCCGCAGCCCGAGGUCCGCCGAUACGUCAUUCCCCUGGACGUCAACAAGGAAGAGCAGGGGAAGAACCUGGUCGGCCUGCCGUACACCACGGCCACGGCCACCAUGCACGCCGACGGGACCGUCUGGCUGGAGCCGGAGGUGCUCUUCUCCGGGCCUCGCCAAGCUUUCGAGUUCCCUCAGAUCAACUACCAAAAGUACGCGGGGAAGAAUUACACUUACGCCUACGGCCUCGGGCUCAACCACUUCAUCCCGGACCGGAUCGUGAAGCUCAACGUGAAGACCAAGGAGACCUGGGUGUGGCAAGAGCCAGACUCCUACCCCUCAGAGCCCGUCUUCGUCCAGACUCCCGAUGGCAUCGAUGAAGACGACGGAGUGCUGCUGACCAUCGUGGUGGCUCCGGGCUCUCAGAGGCCGGGGUACCUCCUCAUCCUCAACGCCAAGGACCUGUCGGAGAUCGCCAGAGCGGAAGUGGAGUGCACCUUGCCCGUCACUUUUCACGGGAUGUACAAACCCUAACGGGGCUUUUUCUCAGGGGGUCAACAGCACAAACGGGAUAAACUAGAACGGGCACUCGGUAGAGCGCAUACCUUCGCAUAUCACAAGAUUGGGCAUUGAAUUAUGAACAUUUUGCCAUUAGUUUCAUGGCAAUUGGAUAUAAAUUGACCGCACUAUGAUAAAAAGAAGUUUUUGACCUUUUCAUGACCUUGACCUUUAACCCGAUCGAUCCCAAAAUCUAAUCAAAUGGUCCCUGGAUAAUAACCAAUCAUCCCACCAAAUUUCAUGCGAUUCGGUUUAAUACUUUUUUAGUUAUGCGAGUAACACGCAUACAAAUAAAUAAAUAAAUACACGCCGAUCAAAACAUUACCUUCCGCAUUUUCAAUGCGAAGGUAAUAACUAGAACGGGCACUCGGUAGAGCGCAUACCUUCACAUAUCACAAGAUUGGGCAUUGAAUGAUGAACAUUUUGGCAUUAGUUGCAUGCCAAUUGGAUAACAAUUGACCGUGCUAUGGUAAAAAGAAGAUUUUGACCUAUCCAUGACCUUGACCUUGCCCUUUGACCUGAUUGAUCCCAAAAUCUAAUCAAAUGGUCCCCGGAUAAUAACCAAUCAUCCCACCAAAUUUCAUGCGAUUCAAGAAGAUGUUGACCUUUUCAUGACCUUGACCUUUGACCCGAUCGAUCCCAAAAUCUAAUCAAAUGGUCCCCGGAUAAUAACCAAUCAUCCCACCAAAUUUCAUGCGAUUCGGUUUAAAACUUUUUUUGUUAUGCGAAUAACACACAUACAAAUAAAUAAAUAUAUAAAUAAAUAAAUACACGCCGAUCAAAACAUAACCUUCCGCAUUUUCAAUGCGAAGGUAAUAAUGAGCAGAUGGUUGUAUGUUCUCAUUUGCAGUUGACUUGGGGUUGUUAAAUAAAAUAUAUUAUGGGAAUUGA